AACCCUACAUUUGAAACACCAAUUUCUCCGUCAUCGUCAUCACAGAGACAGAGAGAGAGGGAGAUGAGUGGAUUCGUGGGGGCGUUUUGGGGGACGCGGACGCUGGAGAUCGUGAAGCGGAACUACUCCCCAGGUCUUCUAUGGAAGAGGAUCAAGCUCACCACCACCCGCAAGGCCAACGCCAAGAAGCGCCUCCGCCGCAUCUGGCAGAAUGAGGCAAUCUUGAGGGCUUGUGCUGAACCACCAGCAACAAAAACAUCAAAUUGAGGGAGGACGCCGGUGGCCUGUAAACCAGACCAAAAGGGUAUUGAGCAUCGGGUAGGCCCCCGAAGGGUCUGCUUUCGUGCUUCCAAGCUUCAUGCAACCAAAUAUUCUUCUUUGGCGAAUUUCCAAUUGGAAGAAAAACUUUGUUAAUUCUCCCUUCAUUUAGAGGAUGUCAGUAUGGUAGCGUUGUAUUAGUCAUUUUUGCUAUUAAUUUGGAAUUCCAAGACAAUAUGAUCUACCUUCUAAAGGUUAUUACUUUGGAAAUUUCAGCGCACAAUCCAAAACUGUGUUGGUUUGAUCCUUACUGAA